AGUUUAUUCAAGUCUAUUUUGUGGUGAAAAUGUAAUCAUACAAAUAAAAAUCUAACAAAAGCAUCUUUCGAACCUUAUUCUUUGGGCUCACCUCACCCCUUUUCUACCAAAAUCGCAGGCAGCAAUGAGGUCACUAUGCACCAGUAGCCUCCCUAAGUUGCCAUUUUGCCAUUGCGACACCAAAUCCCCCUUUCUUCCAACCCUUCUUCCUCUAAAUCCAUCACCACAUUUUCAAACUUCAAAUAUCUUUCAUCGAAUAUCACAAAUUAAACAAAACCCAAUAACAGUAAUCACAUCAUCAUCAUCGUCAAUGGCUUCCACAACUCAGACAGAUAAAACUACAGAAAAACCCUUCUCUGUUCUCUUCGUCUGUUUGGGAAACAUCUGUCGAAGCCCAGCUGCCGAAGGCGUCUUCACUGAUUUGGUCAAAAAACGAGAUCUUUCUUCCAAGUUUAUCAUCGAUUCUGCUGGCACAAUCAACUAUCACGAGGGAGGUCCAGCGGACUCGCGAAUGAGAGCUGCAUCUAAAAGAAGAGGAAUUGAAAUCACAUCGAUAUCAAGGCCAAUAAGGCCAUCCGAUUUCAAAGAAUUUGAUCUCAUUCUUGCCAUGGACAAGCAAAAUAAAGAGGAUAUACUUGCAGCUUUGGAAAGAUGGAGUUUUAAGGAAGCCUUACCAGCUGAUGCAUACAAGAAGGUUAAGUUAAUGUGUUCUUACUGUAAAAAACAUGAUGAAACUGAAGUGCCUGAUCCUUACUAUGGUGGAGCACAAGGUUUUGAGAAGGUGUUGGAUUUGCUUGAGGAUGCAUGUGAAUCGCUAUUGGAUACCAUUUUGGCAGAAAACAGCUCAUAG